CUGGGCUGGGGUCUGCUGGGCUGGCCGUCGUGGGGAGACGCCGCCAGACUGCCGCGCUCUUCGCAGGAGGAGGGGAAGCCCGGACCUCUCCGCAGCCAGAUCCCGGCCUGCCCGCGCCCAGGACGCCGCCCUCCCCAUGGCCUAAGUGUUGAUGCUCCCGGACGCGAGCCCCGGACGCCUUUCGCCAUGAGCUGUUUGGAUGUUAUGUACCAAGUCUACGGUCCCGCCCAGCCUUACUUCGCCGCAGCCUACAGCCCUUACCAUCAGAAACUCGCCUUCUACUCCAAGAUGCAGGAAGCCGCCGAGAGCUCCAGCAGCUCCUUCGCCAGCCCCGCCGCCGCGGCCAGCAUCAAGGAGGAGGAGGAGUGCAGCCCGGAGAAAGAGCGCCCCCCGGAGGCCGAGUACAUCAACGCCCGCUGCGUCCUGUUCACGUACUUCCAAGGGGACAUCAGCGCCGUGGUGGACGAGCACUUCAGCCGCGCCCUCAGCCAGCCCAGCAGCUACUCGCCCAGCAGCAGCGGCAGCAGCAGCAGCGGCAGCGCCAAGGCCGCCAGGAGCGCCAGCGCCUGGAGGGAUGGAUCAUUCCCUAUGAGUCAACGUAGUUUCCCACCCUCCUUCUGGAACAGCACCUACCAGCCUUCAUCAGUGCCUGCAUCCCUGGGAAGCCCACUGGCAGCCACUGGACACACUGAACUGCCCUUUGCUACAGCGGACCCUUAUUCACCAGGCUCAUUGCACAGCCAUCUCCACCAAGGUGGCCCAGAACCCUGGCACCCUGCCCACCACCAUCAUCACCACCACCACCACCAUCACCCUUACAUUGGCACACAGAGCUCCUCCUAUCCCCGCCCCACCACAGUGCACGAGGUCUACAGUCCACACUUUGACCCUCGCUAUGGGUCCCUGUUGGUGCCUGCAGCUUCCGUGCGCCCUCAUCGACUCACGCCUGCUUCUGUACCCACAUCUGUCAGCCCCCAGUGUGAACUAGGCAAGAAUGAGCCUGCCACUUCAGCGUGGACAACGCCAGCACCUUUCCCCAGCCCAGCAGGGGAGGUGGCACAGAGCCUAGGCCUCAAUGUGGAUGCAGGUUUGCAGCCUCAGGAUAAAAGCAAGGAUCUCUAUUGGUUUUAGACCUGCCUUUCCAUCUUCUCUUACACUCUAGUCAGAUCUCUGCCUAAGUAAGACUGCUGACAGAGCUGAAAUCGAGUCAGUUUGUAACAGCUUCUGAUCUUGGUUUACAGCUCGCCGUUAUUCCUUCUGUGGUGGAUCCCUCCUGAGCUGAGUUGCUGAGCCCAAAGCUCCUCCCACAAAGUCCUGUCUGCCCACCCCUGCAUCAUUCAGCAUCUCAUGUCACAUUUCAAGGACAAGAGCAUGAGAAAGGACAUGGGGGAUAAAAGCUUCUUCAACAUGGCAUUUCAACAACAGAACCUUACUGGGGGAAUGAGAAGGAGGGUACCACCCUCCCUUCUUUUCACUGUGAAAAGCCAACCAUGCCGGCUACACAUCCAGAAUUGUGGCCACGCCACUGGAAGGAGUCCAGGAAGACAAAUGUGGAUGUCGAAUUGCUGACUUCGGGAAACAAAAGUGUUUAUUUUUGGUGAUGAAAGUGUGAACUCUUUUUUUCUACUGCAUUUUCAAAAAAUUAAAAAAAAACUACUUCGUGAAAGCAGCAUGGGAAGAUAUGCACAUACUAGAAAUUAUGUAUUUCUCCUUUACUCUGGAGAAACAAAAGAAUGGAUUCUAAACUCCAAAGCACAUUGGACUGUAAUGACAAAAAAGGGACAGCUCUUUCAGGCCAUGGUGAUGAGUGGCAAGUGAUCCGCAUAGGCCACCUGCCUCUGGGCCUGCACAAAUGCAGCUGUUCUAAAGACAACUGUUUGAACUCCAGAAACUUGACAACCAAGGAGGCAUUUCUCAGAGUCUGGCACAACUAUUGUACUGGAUGAUACAUUCAUACAUAUGUGUACAUAUAUAUGUGUAUAUAUAUAUAUAUAAGAUUUUUAUACAAGGAAUGUUUUAUGAUGAAGAAAAAAGCCCUUCCCUCUCCCCGCAAAAAAAAAAAACCUUCAUGAGGAGAAAAUUCGGAGGAGAGUUAUUAAGUAGACUCAAGAUCUCAUUUCACUUGAGCACCCUCUGUAUUUAUGUUGCUAUCUUUCUGCCAUCAGUGAUCAUGGAGUCAGAUGUUUCUCUCUUGAGUGUACUCUUUUUUAAAGAGAAUUUAAGAGCUGUUGUCGAUUUCUUUGGCACAAAUGAGACCUCACUAUAACAUAAACUGAAAACAGUUUUUGUCUGAAAAUAAAUGUUCUUCAUGGAUAUUA